UUCAAAAUGUACGGUUAUUGUUUUGUAAAGAAUAUUAAUUCAAAUAAAAGAAUGUUUAAAUUUAAAUUGUUAUCUAUUAAAUAUGUUAAUUCACAAGAAUGGAUUUCGGCCUUCAAACACACAAUAAAUGGAUGUCACUGUCGUCGUAAUCCUGAAGGAAUAAUGGCAAGCACAAGCAGAGCGUCUCGUCGGCAAACACCGGAAACACCAAAAGAAAUUGAGAUACCACCAGACAUUUUAGCAGAUUUCAAACAAGCUUUCAAACUGUUUGAUGACGAUGAUUCAGGCACUAUUACUUCAAAAGAACUAGGCACAGUUUUAAGGCAACUUGGACAGAAUCCAACUGAGGCCGAACUUCAGGAUAUGAUAAAUGAAGUUGAUGAAGACGGAAAUGGAACAAUUGAGAUCGACGAAUUUGUUGAAAUGAUGAAGGACAAGGUAUUAACCAAUGGAGAAAACGAGGAUGAUGUUGUUCUAGAGACAUUUAACGUGUUUGAUGUUGAUAACACUGGAUUAAUUACAUGUGAUAAUCUUCAGAAAGUCUUUUCUGGUCUUGGGAUAAAAUGUUCUGAGGAUGAAAUUAAACUAAUGAUAGAUGGAGCUGAUCUUAAGAAAGACGGUGUGAUUGAUUUUGAAGAAUUUGAGACAAUGAUAAAGAAUUCUGCAUCUUAAUUGGCGAUGACAAAAUACUGACUGCUUGCAAUUAACUCGUUUUGUGGUCUGAUCUAUACAGCAAAAACUGCAAGAAAGCAAAUUUAUACGACUAUUAUGUCAGAAGAGACAAAUUAUCAGCAUUAAUAUCUGACAGAAAGGAAACAGCAAUCUCACACAUUCUAUUCUAAACUUGAUCAAAUAAAAUCGUCUUUUCUAUACUGAAAUUAUAGAACAGCAAAUUGUAUUUUA